GGCAAUUCGGCCCACAUGUCGAGAAACUACACCCUGGAGUUCGGGGACAUACCAGGUGGCCACAUCCCAUCAUUUAUGCUGUUCAGACGUCUUCAGCAUUAUGACAAGAGGAUACGGCCAAACUUUGCAGUUUCUCGGAUCUGGGUCGAGGUUCAACUGUAUGUCAGCAGCAUUAGCUCAGUCUCUGAAGCGUCCAUGGACUACAUUCUCAAUUUCUUUUUGCGUCAAAGAUGGAACGACCCCCGCCUGAGUUACACGGACUUCAAGUCCAGCCUGACGCUCGGUCUGACCACGUUAGCCGAGAUCUGGAUACCGGACAUUUCUUUUAAAAACGGGAAGGGCGCCGCCUACCGGGAGGGUGGAGAUCACAACACACUGCUGAGGAUCUCCCCACAAGGAGACAUCUUACUCAGCCAAAAAAUGGCGCUAUUGUUGUCGUGCCCGAUGGAUUUCCGGAUGUUCCCGUUCGAUACGCAAAGCUGUGGAAUACAAAUGGAGAGUUACGGCCACACGACAGAGGAGCUGGUUCUGGAGUGGGCCAAACCGGAAAUGGAGAUCGACCUGAGCAUCCGUUUGCCGGAGUUUGAACUGAAACAGUGGGGAACACGGCGAUGUGACAACCAGGUUCUAACAGGAAACUAUUCCUGUACGGAGGCAUACUUCAAACUGGUGCGACGAUUUGGAUAUUACCUCAUCCAAGCCUACAUCCCAAGCAUUCUCCUAGUGAUAAUUUCAUGGCUGACGUUUUGGAUCAACCCUGACGUGGUGCCGGCCCGCAUCUCCCUCGGUAUCACCACAGUGCUGACGUCAACAACCCUCACCGCCUUCUCUCACGGCAGCACACCCAGAAACUCCUACAUACGAGCUAUAGACAUCUGGAUGCUGGCGUGCUCGGUGUUCGUGUUCGCCGCGCUGGUGGAAUUCUCGGUGUCCCACUACAUCUUCAGGCGGCAGACCAAGUUCUCCAGAUUCGUGCGCAGAAUCUUCUGCAGAAAUAAGUUUCCCAGCGUCUCCAACCCGCCGCCACAGCAGGUCCCGACAGCGGCGACGACACCGGAAACCAGCUACAUCAAUCCCAGCAACCCGCAGUUGGUGAACGGCCAGCUCCAGCCGCGCGCCAGGAUGUCCCAGGAGGACGUCGCCAAACUGCACCAGAACUUCGCGCGCAGGAUGGACAUCAUCUCCAGAUUCCUCUUCCCGGGCCUGUUCUUCUUCUUCAACAGUGUCUACUGGCUGGUGUACAGCACGGCGUAUGACGCCUGAGGAUCCGUACGUCUUUUAAAGGAAGCCGCCUGCGUCUUGAGAAGAAGUCUUGAGGAGUCGUCGUGCGUCUUGAGGAGUUGUACGUCUUGAGGGGUAGUACGCCCUGAGAUAGGGCUCGAAAGAAGCAACGUCGGACAGACGACGGAAUCACGCCUACCACAACAGAGAAGCUGGCGAGGAACACGAGUGUACGAUAGCCCACAAGUACAAUUCUUCUCCACAAGCUGGAUUGUACUUAUAGGCUACCGUAUCAGCGAUAAAUGAUAUUCGUAAGACUACGUAUGCCUGCAGAAUAUACAUCACGUGGCCUUGGACAUUGUGUUGGGCGAUUCAUGGUAUCCAGGCAAUGUGACCAUGACGACUUUAGUAACAAAGGACACAACGAAAUGAUGACGAAAGAACAACAACAGCCAGACAUGUCUUUUGUGAAUAACAACUAUAAUUACAAUUAUUACCUACAAGUACAAGCGCCAAAAUAUACUGAGAAGCAACGCCUGUAAAAUAGACCUCUACCUCUGCAUACUUCGAUGCAGCACCAACUUGCAGCUAUGAAUGGUCAUGCUUGCCGACAUUGGACAGAAACGCUUUCACAUAUCUUAGAUUGAACUUAACUGUCUCAAUACAUUCUCCUAAUGGAAACCCGGUGUUAGGAAAGAUCAUUAAUGACCGAUGUAGCCGUGCUUUAUACAACGAUUUUCGCAUCUGGUAA